AAUAUGUCAAAUGACGAUGCCGUUCGCGUUUUACGAGAAGUUGUCCAGAAACCUAGCCCAAUCAAACUUGUAGUCGCCAAGUGUUGGUAUCCUAAUCCAAAAGGAUAUUUCACUUUACCCCGUACGGAACCCGUUCGCCCUAUUGAUCCCGGUGCGUGGGUUGCUCACACGGAAGCAGCAAGAGGUGGAACACAGUAUCCGAAUCGUCCGCCAUCUGUGGUAAAACCAGGCUAGUCGCGGGGCAAUAUGUAUUGCUUAGUCCACAAUCGUGGCUGCUCUUUUCCUUAUGGCAACAAGCAGUCGAGGUUCCCGGAAUG